AAAAAGUCCAGAAGCGAAAAGAAGCUCCCAAUAGGUCAAAGAAAGUAAUAUUUAUUAAUAUUAUUUUACAUAUUUAUUCUGUGACAAAAGGAUUCAGCUGAAGCAAUAGACCGAGAAAGAUGGACCUGGACAUUGAAGCACUGAGGCUGAGGCAAGGUCGUGCCAACUUUUGCUCCACCAUUGUUCUUGCAUGGGGAAGUGGAGAUCUUGGGCAGCUGGGCUUGGGAGAUGAUAGAGGCCGCAAUUAUCCAACACCUAUCAGGUCAUUAUUGGACAAGGACAUUGUGCAUAUUGCAGCCAAUGAUCUUCAUACAGCAUUCCUUACAGGUGAGGGAGAGCUAUAUAUGACAGGAAAUAAUGAUUCUGGUCAGCUAGGAGCCCGAGUUCGAGAGUCACAGUUAUCUCCUGUUCAGAUAUCUGCUUUAGACACAUAUCGCAUAUCACAUGUGGCUUGUGGCCAAGCUCAUACUAUUGCCAUAACAGAUGUUGGAGCAUUAGUGUCAUGGGGUGCAGCAGAUCUAGGUCAGUUGGGGUAUGGAGAUGCUAUUGGUAUUGUGGAUGUUAUUCAGCCUCGCAUAGUCAAAGGGACUCGUGAUUUUCAUUUUGUUCGUGUAGCAUGUGGUGCUGCACAUUCUCUUGCACUUACAGGAAGUGGUGAAGUUUACUCAUUUGGACAAGGUACGUUUGGUGCUCUCGGGUCUGGCAACAGGGAAAUCAGUAGUACUCCAAUUCAUAUUGAUGAGCUAUGGGGUUUGGGGAUAAUUCAGAUAGCAUGCGGGGAGAACCACAGUGCUGCAUUGUCAGUUGAUGGCCAGGUUUUCACCUGGGGGAGAGGUAAAUAUGGGCAACUGGGACAUGGUUGUGUUGAAAAUGAGUUUAAACCUGUACAAGUGAAAGGCCUUGCAGAUCAAAUGAUUGUGCAAGUUAUAUGUGGAGGUGACCAUACCAUGGCUAUCAACAACGAAGGAAAACUCUUUGCUUGGGGACGAGGUCAAUGGGGUCAAACCGGUCUGGGAACUACGGAAGAUAUGCUUGUUCCAACGCAAGUGAAGGUCCUUGAGCAUUUACGGGUUAUUCAAGGUUCUGCAGGAACUCGACACUCUAUUGCAAUAACAGAGGAAGGAAACGUAUAUGGUUGGGGAGAUGGAGAACAGAACCAACUUGGUAAAACCAUUGGAAAAGUGCAGCUUGAGCCAGUGCUUAUGUCUUACAUGCAAAGAGAAGGAUGGCAGCUUCUGUAUGCGGUGGCAGCUGGGGAGCACACAAUGGCAGUAUAUCAUCCAUCUGGAGUGGAUUCUCUUCCAUCUGUGGAUCUGAGAUGUUCAGAAUUAAUAAGCACAAAGUAUAAACAAGAGGAUGGCAAGAAGAACACCCCAAAUAGAAAUUCUGUUGAUGGGAUCCUGUCAAGUGAAAAUGUAAACUUUCAAGUAACUUCAAUUGCAGGACCUUUAAAUGUGAACAUGGAAGAACAUAUUGAAAUUACAGAACCUAUGAAGCUUCCUGAGGGCUCGUGUAUUGUAGACGUACAUGGAAAUGGUCUCAAGCCCAUAAGACUGCCAAUUUUGCUGAAAAUGCUCGAGGGAGUGGUGGAUUCACCAAGGAAUAUGGCGAUCUUUGUACAUGCAAUGGAGGAUAUUUUUUCUUCUGUUAGAUUCCUCACUUUAUCAUUUAAGUUUCAACCUUCACGUUGGCAUGGAUAUGAAGUUUGGAAUAACAACUCAAGCAAAGAUUCUACUGAACUGGAUGGCCCUGGCUUGGAUGUUCUUUUAAUUAGGGAUGUGUACCACCGUAUCCUCCAACUAUAUAAUCCAGAGAUAUUACAAAAGCUCUGCAAAUCUAUUAUGCACUUGUUAAGUGGUAUUGAGAAGCAUAUUAGCAGUGUUCCAGAUUCUCGCUGGAAGAGGGUAUUGCUGAUUACUCUUCAGAGUCCACUCAUAGGAGAACAAGGGCUGGGGGAUAAGGUUUCAACACAACUCUUUUCCUUGUUUGACUCUAUACCGUCAUCUGUGAAGAGUAACAUGGUACAAUGGUUAAGGACAUAUCCAAAAGAUAUCUUUGGUGGGCGGUUUGUGAGGGGUAUUCAGAAAUACAUCUCUAACAGGAAGGAUGCAUUGGAUGUAAGGGAAGAAAUACCUCGUGAUAUUGCUUCAGCAGUAAAGGUGUUGUCAAUUUUGAAUGAAGCCAACAAUCUGGAGAAUUUGAUACCUUUUAAGGAGUUCUACAAUCAUGCAGUAUGUGAUAAUACAAGUUUGAAGAUAUGGCAAGGGGAGUUUAGGAAGUGGGUUACUAAUGAGAAAGAAACAAAACUCAUUUCAUUGUGUCAGGUUCCAUUUUUGUUGUCUCCAAAAGCUAAAAGCCAGAUACUAAAGGUAGAAGCUGAUAUUUGUAAACAAAUGUCAGUUGAAAAAUCAGUUUUUGAGCAGCUAUUUUCACACUCUUUUGCAAACCCUUUUCUGGUGUUGAUGGUGCGACGAAGUGACUUGAUUGCAGACACUUUGCGUCAGCUUUCUUCACUGCCAAAAAAUGAGUAUAAGAAGCCUUUAAAGGUGAUUUUUGAAGGGGAAGAAGGUGUCGAUGAAGGGGGAGUGACUAAAGAAUUUUUUCAGAUUCUAGUCCGUGACCUUUUUCAUGUUGAUUAUGGAAUGUUUACAUAUUAUGAAGAUACACGGAAUUUUUGGUUUAAUCCCAACUCUAUGGAAUCGGAUCAUGAAUUUUGGCUGAUUGGAGCAAUCUUAGGAUUGGCUAUAUACAAUGGUGUCAUCUUGGAUGUGCAUUUCCCCACAGUCAUCUACAAGAAACUUAUGGAAUUAACGCCCUGUGUUGAUGACAUCAAGGACUUCCAACCAGAGGUAGCAAGAAGUUUGCAACAGUUGCUUGAGUUUGAGGGUGACGUUGCUAGCACCUUCUGCUUAUUUUUCCAGGUUUCUUAUGAUUACUUUGGAGAGUUGCGUACAUAUGACCUUUUACCUGAUGGGGGUGAUAUACCAGUCACAAAUGAAAAUAGACAGAGGUAUGUUGACCUAUACGUAAGGUACCUCUUGUGUGAUUCUAUUCAAUCACAAUUCAAUGCAUUCUCAAAUGCAUUCCAGCAGGUUUGUGGAGGCCAAGCAUUGAAGCUUUUUCGGUAUGAGGAACUAGAGUUGCUCAUAUGUGGCUUGCCUCAUUUUGAUUUCCAUGCUUUGGAGCGUGUGGCUAUCUAUGAUGGUGGAUAUUCAAAAGAAAGUCAAGUGAUUAGAUGGUUUUGGGAGCUGGUGAAAGAAAUGAGUUUCGAUGAGAAAAAGUCGCUACUUUUCUUCACAACUGGCAAUGACAGGGCUCCAAUUGGUGGACUGGGAAGCCUCAGAUUUAUUGUCGCCCAAAAUGGUGAUGAUACAGACAGGCUGCCAACUGCACACACCUGCUUCAAUAUUUUGCUGAUACCUGAGUACAGUUCCAAGUCCAAACUGGAGAACAGAUUGAAGCUAGCUAUUUCCAAUUCUAUUGGAUUUGGAUUGCAAUAAUUAGGCAUUUGUACACUAGUUUCUACUAAUUUGUGAUGAACCUCAUUUAACUUAUUUGAUUAUAUUAACUUGUACAAUAUGCUUUCAUCUAAUGUUGAUUUUGUAUAGCGAUUGUGCUUCAAAAGCACUAAGAAUAUUGAAAUGUGGUGAUUUUAAGCUUUGUUUUUCUAUUCAAACUCCAUUGAAAUUUAAAAUUUGUUGGUAACAGCAAAGAUAUCGACAAAGUGCCUUGUACACCUAUUAACUUCAUAGAACGCAAAUAUUACCAGAGUUCAAUGCCUUAAAGCCA